AUAGGCACCAAGCAGACAUUCCUGGAGAACAUGGUUGGAGCUGAAAAUCUGACGGCACCUUUCAGUAAUAACAGAUGUCAUGACACAAUUGAUGAAUUCCGAAAUCAGGUGUACUCCACAAUGUACUCUAUGAUCUCCGUUGUGGGUUUCUUUGGCAAUAGCUUUGUCCUCUAUGUCCUCAUAAAAACAUACCAUGAGAAAUCAGCCUUCCAAGUAUACAUGAUUAAUCUAGCCAUAGCAGAUCUACUCUGCGUAUGUACAUUGCCUCUCCGUGUGGUCUACUAUGUUCACAAAGGCAAGUGGUUCUUUGGUGACUUUUGUCAUCUCACCACCUAUGCCUUAUAUGUUAACCUCUAUUGUAGCAUCUUCUUUAUGACAGCCAUGAGCUUUUUCCGGUGUGUUGCAAUUGUCUUUCCAGUCCAGAACAUUAAUUUGGUUACACAGAAAAAAGCCAGGUUUGUGUGUGUUGGAAUUUGGAUUUUUGUGAUUUUGACAAGUUCUCCAUUUUUUUUGAGCAAAUCUUACCAAGAUGAGAAAAACAAUACUAAAUGUUUUGAGCCUCCACAGGACAACAAACUAAAAAAAAAUGUUUUGAUCUUGCAUUAUGUGUCAUUAAUCUUUGGUUUCAUCAUCCCUUUUGUCACCAUAAUUGUCUGUUACACGAUGAUCAUUCUGACCUUACUAAAAAAUACAAUGAAGAAAAACCUGCCAAGUCGAAGGAAGGCUAUAGGAAUGAUCAUAGUUGUGACAGCUGCCUUUUUAGUCAGCUUCAUGCCAUAUCAUAUUCAACGAGCUAUCCACCUUCACUUUUUACACAGUGAAACUGGAUCCUGUGAUUCUGUCCUUAGGAUGCAGAAGUCAGUGGUCAUAACCUUAUCUCUAGCUGCAUCAAAUUGUUGCUUUGAUCCUCUGCUAUAUUUCUUUUCAGGUGGAAACUUUAGGAGAAGGCUGUCUACAUUUAGAAAGCAUUCUUUGUCCAGUAUGACUUACAUACCCAAAAAGAAAGCUUCCUUGCCAGAAAAAGGAGAAGAAAUGUGUAAAGAAUAAUUCAGACCCAUCUCCAGUGCAGAGCAAUGAAAA